UUCCAAAGGCCGGGAAGCAAACUUGGGGGUGAGACCUGAAGAAAGCUGGAGCCAUGCUGACCUUGUGUACUGCGGACAAUCAGACUGCUCCUGGAAAGCCCACGGUCAAUGCAGAGGAGGGAAAUGGGAGUCCUCAAAUCUGCCGUGUGUGUGGGGACAAGGCCACUGGUUAUCACUUCAACGUCAUGUCAUGUGAAGGAUGCAAGGGCUUUUUCAGGAGGGCCAUGAAGCGCAACAUCCGGCUGAGGUGCCCCUUCCGGAAGAGCAACUGUGAGAUCACCCAGAAGACCCGGCGGCAGUGCCAGGCCUGCCGCUUGCGCAAGUGCCUGGAGAGUGGCAUGAAGAAGGAGAUGAUCAUGUCUGAUGCAGCCGUGGAGCAGAGGCGGGCCUUGAUCAGGAGUAAGAGGAGAGCGCGCAUUAGGAUGCAGCCGCCAGGAGCCAGGAGUCUGACUGAAGAGCAGCGGACGAUGAUCAGGGAGCUGAUGGACGCUCAGAUGAAAACCUUUGACACCACCUUCUCCCAUUUCAAGGAUUUCCGGCUGCCGGAGGUGCUUAGCAGUAGCCGUGAGAUCCCACAGUCUAUGCAGACUCCGUUGGGAGAAGAAGCUACCCAGUGGAGCCAGAUUAGGAAAGACCUGUGCUCAGUGAAGGUCUCUCUGCAGCUGCGGGGGGAAGAUGGCAGUGUCUGGAACUACAGACCCCCAGCUGACAACGGUGGGAAAGAAAUCUUUUCCAUGCUGCCGCACAUGGCUGACAUGUCAACCUACAUGUUCAAAGGCAUCAUCAACUUUGCCAAAGUCAUCUCCCACUUCAGAGACUUGCCCAUCGAGGACCAGAUCUCCCUGCUGAAGGGGGCCACGUUUGAGCUAUGCCAGCUGAGGUUCAACAUGGUGUUCAAUGCAGAGACCGGGACCUGGGAGUGUGGUCGGCUGUCCUACUGCCUGGAAGACCCUGAAGGUGACUUCCAGCAGCUUCUCCUGGAGCCUGUGCUGAAAUUCCACUACAUGCUGAAGAAGCUGCAGCUGCACAAGGAGGAGUAUGUACUGAUGCAGGCCAUCUCCCUUUUCUCCCCAGACCGCCCAGGUGUCGUACAGCGCAGUGUGGUGGACCAACUGCAGGAGCGAUUCGCCAUUGCCCUGAAAGCCUACAUCGAGUAUAAUCGGCCCCAGCCCGCCCAUCGGUUCCUGUUCCUGAAGGUUAUGGCUACACUCACCGAGCUUCGCAGCAUCAGUGCCCAGCACACACAGCGGCUGCUGCGCAUCCAGGACGUCCACCCCUUUGCUACCCCACUCAUGUGCGAGCUGUUCAGCAUCUCAGACCGCUGA